AUGAACGAGAACUUCCGACAACGAAGUGCCCCGGGUCUGACGUACGUCGCUUUCGAUUCUGGUUUCAAAUCGGCACAAAAAUUCCUCAAUUAUUGGGUAUGUAAUUGCUUUCUCGGUGCCGGGGUUUAUGGAAUGGUGCCUUUGUUAAAUGGGGAUCGAGUGUUGCCGCUGCCGACAUGGUAUCCCUUCGAUUUGAGUGUUGGGCGACGAUUUGAGGCGGUAUAUGGUCUUCAAUAUGCGUGUCAGUUGAUAGUUGGCACGAUUUUUGCUAAUGGCAUGGGAUAUUGCAUGUAUCUGUAUUUGUUGUUCACCGUCCAACUUGACAUUUUGUGCGCCAGCAUCAAGAAUAUUCCGUUCACAGCACUGAUCAAAGCUAAAAAGGACAGAAAAACGCUUAAAAAGUUGCAGAAGGAACUUGAAAAUACUCACCAAGAACUGAAUCAGUACAGUUUGGGCGAAAAAAGUGAACUUUUGGAGGAUUUGGACAAAUUUGAGUUGAACAAUGAGAGCUUCUCGAUGACUUCAGACACAUUCAAGGAUCCAAUUGUCGCGAAAUAUUUAAAAGAAGCGAUUGCUGAUUGUGUUUUGCAUCAUCAAACCAUCAUUGAACUUCUGAAAAAAGUCGAAAAAAUAUUGAGUGGCUAUUUGUUCUUCAAACUUUGGUACCAUUGUAUCCUAAUGGGAUUCAUCUUAUUCGUUAUCUCCGUCAUCGACGAUGGAGCUCAAAUAUUCGCAUUUCUCAGUUACAUGUUCAUUCUUUUGACAGGCCUCUUCAUUCUCACCUUUUUCGGGCAAGUCCUGACCAUUCAAAGCUCGAAAAUUAUCAAUGCUGUAAUGAACUCACCUUGGCAUCUGUACAUGUUUCCGGUCAAAAAAGAACUUUCGAUACUGUUGGCACGUGGCACAAAACCCUACGUUUUAUCCGCAGGAGGAUUGAUGACGAUUUCAAUAGGAACCUACAUUGCUAUUGUGAAAGCUGCUUUUUCGUAUUACACGUUAUUAAUAAAAAUGAACAAAAAACCCUGA